AUGAUUUACAAAUUUUACAAUUGCUCAAGGAAGUUGUAUGAGCACACAGAGAAAUUAAAAUAUUUUAUAACAAAAAAUCAGUUAGUAAAUACUUAUCAAAAUAAGUUUCAGAAAAGUAUCUAUUUUGUUUACAAAAAUGGAAAUAAUGGGGGUUUUAAUGAAUAUACCGUAUUUUUAAAUAACGAGAAUAAACAUUAUAAUGAUAGAAAAAGUAACUUUAGAAUGCAUUAUAUUGUGUUUGCAAACGUAUUAGGUUUAACAGUUCAUGUAAAGAAAGAUGAAAAUUACGAAAACGAAAAUAUAAAUUUUUUAAAUAAUGAACUAUUAACAACUGAUUCAACUGUAAAUAUAAAUGAAAAUGUUAUAAGAAAAAAUGAAUUUAGUUUUAUAGGUAAAAAUAAAUUAUUCGGUAAUUCAAAUGAUAAUAAUACCAAACAAUCAGAUAAUGUCUUAAAAGGAAAUAAUAAGAAUGGUUCAAAAAAUGAUAAAUAUGAAUAUUAUCAAGAAUUAAGUGAAUAUAGCAAUAUGCAAAUAUUUUCUAGUAAUAGUCACCAUGAAUUGGCAAAUGAAAUAUGUUCCAAUUUAGGUAUAGGUUUGGGCAGAGCUUAUGUUGGAAAAUUUAGUGAUGGAGAAAUAGCUCUUCAAAUAAUGGACGAGGUUAGAGGAAGAGAUAUUUAUAUAAUCCAUUCAACUCCAGCAGGGGGAAAAGACGUUCAUUCGCGUUUAAUGGAAUUAUUUUUAUUUAUAUCAACCUUACGAAGAUCAUCUGCCAAAAAGGUAACGGCAGUUAUACCAUAUUUAAAUUACUCAAGACAAACUAAACAUUUAGAUGACCAUAAUUAUGUUCAUUCCUUAGGAGCCCCAGAAAUAGCUAUUUUGUUACAGGCUUGCGGAGUUGAUUCAAUAAUUUCUGUUGAUUUACAUAAUGCAAGGAUUGAAGGGUUUUCUACAGGAAAAAAAUUUCAACCUCCGCUUAUGAACAUUAAUCCUCAAUCAUUGGCUGUUGAAUAUUUUAAAAAAAAAAAACUUCGAAAUCCAGUUGUUGUAUCUAUUGACAACGAAGGUGCUGAAAGAACCAAAGAAUUUUGGAUUAGAAUGAAUAAGCACUCCAUGAACGCAGGUUUUACUACUCUUGUUUCUAGUAAUUAUAAUGAAAUUAAUAGUAGAGAAGGUUAUCCAGUUAAUGAUUCAUACGAAUCAAAUGAUUUCAAAAAUAAUCGUAUGAAUUUACAUAAUGAGGAUAACAAAAAAAAUAAUACUAAUACUUUAAAUAAUUCUAAAAUUGUAGAUAAAAAAGAAAAUGAUAUGUAUGAUAAGGAAAAAUUUACCAUAGUUGGAGAUAUUAAGGGAUGUGAUUGUAUUUUAGUAGAUGAUAUUAUUGAUACAGGAGAAAAAUCCCAAAAAGUUGCUGCUAUUUUAAAAAAUGCAGGAGCUCGUAAAAUAUAUUUAUAUGCUACUCAUGCCAUAUUAUCUGAUGGUUGCAUUGAAAAAAUUAAUAAUUCAUGUAUAGAUGAAGUUGUAACUACAAAUACCAUACACAUUCCAAGUAAUAUAUGUUGUGAAAAAUUGCAUAUCUUGUCAGUUGCAAAAUUAGUAGCCGAAGGAAUUAAAAGGGCUCAUAAUGAACAAUCAUUAAAUGCAUUAGAAGAUUUUUCUGAUGGACAAAUAGAAAUGAAAGUAUAG